UUCUUUCCCAAUCAUAAGUCUCGCAAGUAAAGGAGACUUGGUCCUGUCAGUUAUCCUGUCAAAUAACCCUGCUGCCCUCACUGUGCUGUUACGAGCACUCACUUCCAGCAACUUGCCAGUUCAAAAUCUUUUUGUCCUGAGAGUGCAGGAAAAAGUGGUCUUAACGGUGCACACUACAAGAUGCCCCUCACUAGUAAGACUUGGGGCAAUGAUUAUUCCAAUAGGACAUUGAGAAGAAGGGCUGGAAAAUUCCUGCUCAUAGCUGGAUGACCUCUACAAUAAAACUUGCAGCCCAUGGCACAUUCCCCUUGUUCAAGCUGAUACUUGAGACAUGAAUGUUGGAAAUAAUGAAGCUAUAGGUAUGAGCUCAGCACCAGAAGACCAGUACAUUGAACAACAAAAAUACUUUGGAAUUGGAGAAGUACAGGGUGAUCUCAAUAUGUCAGCUGCAAUCUCAAAUGCAGCUACGGCCUUUGACUCUCAAAAUUUGAGCAAUCAUGUCGAAACCAACUCUGAUAACUCCUGUUGGAAGCCUAUAGAAGGCAGUAUCACGUGUUCCCAGAAUGAGGAGGAGGAUGAUGAUGUUGUUUUUGUUGAACCUUCCUUUUCUGCAAAUUGUCCUGCAACCACACGAGUAGAUAGAACCAGUGCCUCACUUGCAGUGCUUCAAAAUCCAGAAUCCAUAGGAAAUGAAAUGAAUAUAUCGUUGCCACCAUUAGGAAAAGAUUUUAUGUCCCCAGUGGAGCCCAUCAUAAUUGAUGAUGAGGAAGAAGGAAACCCUGAACCAGGAAAAGUUGCCAACGUUGCCACAUCUGGAAGAUGUGCUGAAAGAAAUGGAUUCAGUGAACCAACCAUGGAUUUUUCAUCACCUGACUUGGGUGGCCAAAAAGUUGGUUUCCAUAAUAUUGCAGUGCAGUAUGUAGAUAAUCAGGGUUUAUUUUGUCCUCCAAAUUUGGAGAAUAACAAUUUAAAUUGGGAAAGCAGAACAGGCAUAAAGGAAGUUGACUUGAAUGAAUGCCACCCUUUACAACCAACAAUGCUUUCAGACCCCAGGAGAGGUAAUAUUUUGCGAGCAAAUGGAGAAGCGUUAAAUCAGGGUAUAAGCACUGAACCAGACUCUGAGAUACAAAUAACUUGUGUCACCACAUUAGAUGCCGGUUCAAAACCAGUCAUAAAUGAAGCACCAGCCCAACGUUCUGGGGGAACGGAUUUAGAUUUAAUGAUUUGCAAUGUAACCUCUCUUCAAGACCAGAAAUUUGAAGGUGCAGAUGAGGGAGUACAGAAACAAGCUUUUCCAUAUGGCAUGGGAGCUUCUAACUCGGACAACAUGGAUGGCGCUGGGGGUGGAUUUAUAAAUGGCGAAUCUGCGCUUUUGACAUCACAGCACAAACUUGGUAACAUGCAAAAUAUUUUACCCAAGACUGCUAACCGAACUCAGGAAAUGGCUGAAGAUUCUGAAAGGAAAAGGAGCAACCAUAAGGUGAACAAUGGAACCUGUGAAGAUGUAACCAUGAAUGCCAUAAGAAUCAGUGAUGUGUAUGGAUCCUCCAGUCAUCCUGUAAAUGAUUCAUGGCUAUCACUAUCACCUUCGUUCCCCACAAAUCGUAAGCUGAAUGUUUCAGAUUCUGUUGUGCCUAUGGCACCUCCUUCAAAACCAGUCUUCCAGUCCUCUGGACUUCAGCAGCAAGCUAAGCCAUCUAUGAAAGUCAUUUGCGCUCACUGCAAAAAGCCGUUACAGAAAGGUCAAACAGCAUACCAGAGAAAAGGUUCAUCUUACCUCUUCUGCUCUACUACUUGCUUAUCAUCGUUUUCUCAUAAGCCAGCCCCAAAGAAACUAUGUACUACAUGCAAAAAAGAGAUAACUAAUAUGAAGGGAACAAUUGUUGCACAAGUAGAUUCCAGUGAAACAUUCCAGGAAUUUUGCAGCACAUCCUGCCUAUCUUUUUACGAAGACAAACAAAAAGCUCCAGCACAUACAAGUCAUGUUACCCAAGGAAAUUAUGGAAAAUGCACCAUUUGUGGCAAAAUGACUGAGAUUCGACAUGAAGUAAGCUUUAAAAAUUUCGUCCACAAACUUUGCAGUGAUGUUUGUUUCAACAAAUAUAGACAAGCCAAUGGACUUGUAAUGAACUGCUGUGAUCAGUGUGGGAUAUACUGUUAUAAUAAAGGAUCUGGAAAUCACUUUCUUUUCCAUGAUGGCCAUCACAAAAGAUUCUGUAGUCCCAGAUGCCUCAAUGAUUUUAAACAGAAAUGCAGCAAAAUAAUUCCCUGCACAGCAUGCAGAACUCCGUGUAGAAGCUUUGACAUGACUCAACGUGUAGAAGCUGGUCGGAAUAUUGAAGCAUACUGUUCAGUUGCUUGCAUGUCCGUACACAAAACAAGAUGCCCAAAGCCAACAGGUAUGGGUUCUUGCCACUUCUGUAAAAGAAGCGCUUUACCUCAAUAUCAAGCCACAAUGCCUGAUGGAAAACUGUACAACUUCUGCAGCUCUAGCUGUGUGGCUAAAUUUCAGUCUUACAGUGUACAAACAACAACAAAUGGUCAGGUCAUAACAAAUGAGGUGCAGCUGAAGUGUACCUACUGCAAGACUGGAUUCAGUGCUAAGCCAGAAGUGUUGGAAUGGGAGAAUCAUGUAUUUCAGUUCUGCAGCAAAAUGUGCUGUGAGGAUUACAAGAAGCUGCACUGCAUAGUGUCUUACUGUGAAUAUUGUCAGGAAGAGAAAACUGUACAUGAAACUGUGAAGUUCUCUGGAGUAAAUAAAGCAUUCUGUAGUGAAGGCUGUAAGCUUCUAUAUAAGCAGGACUUCGCAAAACGUUUGGGUCUACGCUGUGUUACCUGCAGUUACUGCUCCCAGAUGUGUAAGCGGGCAGCAGCUAAAGAAAUUGAUGGAAAAGCAAGAGAUUUUUGUAGUGAUGAUUGUUGCAAAAGGUUUAUAGACUGGUAUUUUAAGGCUGCCAGAUGUGACUGCUGUAAAGCUCAGAGAGAGCUGACUGAAUCAGUUCAGUGGCGGGGAGAAAUGAAACAUUUUUGUAAUCAGCAAUGCCUUCUGCAGUUCUAUUGUCAGCAGAAUGAGCCCAAUAUGUUUACGCAGAAAGGUCCUGAAAACCUGAAUACGGUUUCAGAUCAAAAUGUUCAGACCCAAGUUUUCAAAGUCACAGCUUCUAACCAGACAUCAACACCUUCACCAACACCUGUAAAAGAGCUGAAAAAUAAAGCAUUGUUGUGCAAGCCUUUGACCCAGACAAAAGCUACUUACUGCAAACCUCACAUGCAGUCAAAAUCCUGUCAAACAGAGGAGGAUUGGAAGCCUCAGUUGGUUCCUGUGCCUAUCCCUGUGCCAGUCUAUAUACCAAUUCCUAUGCACAUGUAUUGUAACAACUAUCCAGUACCUGUCUCUAUGCCUAUACCGGUACCUGUUCCAGUGUUUCUGCCUACUACCCUAGGGAAUGCUGAGAAGAUAGUUGAAACAAUAGAGGAUCUAAAGAGGAAAGUUCCUUCAAAUCCGAUUGAAGCAGACAUACUUGCAAUGGCAGAGAUGAUAGCUGAAGCGGAAAGGAAUCCUGUAUCUAUGGAAUUCUGUGGUAUUGACAAUGAUGAGAAUGGUGAAAGUUUCUUGGAUGUUUUUGGGACCAUUAAAGAUGAUCUGGAAGAGCAAUCCAAUAUGCCUGGUAAUCAGUAUGAACUUGCACUGGACUUGGAGAUUGAUUUUCCAAGAACUGCAGAAGAGUUGGAUACUGAGAGUGAAUAUCUGUUACCUCCAGUGUUUGGAGAAGAAUAUGAAGACCAGCCCAGACCUCAAUCUAGGAGAAAGGGUGCAAAGCAGAAGGCACUUUCUGAUAAUCAUUCUCAAGAUGGUAGCCUUGUCGUUCCUGAGAUUGGUUUUACAUUAAGUUACAUUUAUGGUAUAAAUGCAUGGAAGCAUUGGAUUGUAACCAAGAAAGCAAAGAGUGAGGAAACCUUCGAAAUGGAUGGAAUUAACUCUGCUUUAUUAGCAAAGUCUGCACACUUCAAAGAGGAACUAUUGUCAUAUACUGCAGCAGAGCUUGACUGUGGAUUGGCUGAGUUUGUCAAGGAAGUUCGGAGACCAAAUGGGGAGUGUUAUGCGCCUGAUAGCCUGUACUAUCUAUGUCUUGGAAUCCAAAAGUAUCUAUAUGAAAAUGAUAGGAAUGAUGACAUAUUCAGUGACCCCUGUUACCACACCUUUAAUGAAGCAUUUAACACAAUCUUGAGAAGCUGGCGACCAAGUAUUCUACCAAACGGGUCAAUAUUUUCACGUGUUGAAGAGGAUUAUCUAUGGAAGAGCAAGCAGCUAGGGCCUCAAUCACCAUUUGUUCUUCUUAAUACUUUGCUAUAUUUUAACACUAAAUACUUUGGGUUAAGGACCAUUGAGCAGCAUCUGAGACUUUCCUUUGGAAAUGUUGUCAAGCAAUGGAAUAAAAACUCUGACAAUACUGUAUGCAUUCGAUACGAGGUACCUGCUUUGUGUACAAAUGACAAUCAAGAUAAAAUUACACCAGGAAAGAGAAAACGUGAGGAGGAUGAUCCUGUAUUUGAACAAAGGGAAAACUCGGCAAAUCCAUCAAGAUGUCCUGUAAAAAUGUUUGAGUGCUACCUCGCAAAAUGCCCUCCAAAUCUACAACAGAGAACAGACCUCUUUUAUCUGCAGCCAGAACACUCCAGUGCCCCUGAUGGUCCCAUUUGGUACUCCAGUAUCCCUUUGGACCGCAACAUCUUGGAAAAUAUGCUUGUACGGAUCCUUGUGAUCAAGGAUAUAUAUGAAGAAAAUGAACGGGACAAUUCUGAAGUAGACGAAGAUGACAUUGAUUGAAGUUUCCCUAUCUUGCAAAGAAUCAUGACACUGUAAUGUCAGGCCACUAGAGUUUAAUACAGGAAAACAAUGGUGUGCAUUUCCUGGAAUGAUCCUCUAUAACUGAGCUUGUAGCAAUAUACCCAGAUUGGGUAUUAUGUAAAUAACCCUAAAUGAGAGGAGAAUAGCGGAUGUUAGCAAUCUCCCUAGUGACUUUUAGGAUAUGUAUACUUCAAAACAAUUGCUUUCACUUAAGUUUUUUUUAAAGAUUAUUUAUUGAAUUGGUUUGUUGUCAGAAAGCAUUUCCAUUUGUAACUUUUUACAUUACAAACUAAGGAUCUCAAAUGUGUCAUGUGUAAUUUUUUUCUGAUUUGAGGAAUUUGCAUUAAAACAAACUACAGUGUUUUGAAAUUUCCCUGCAGAAGGGAUAAUUUUAAUGGGUGCUAUCUCCCCCCAUAAGGGUGUGCAUCUAUGUAAUUAAUAUAGUCUUAGCACUAUAAAUCAAUUUAGAGCUAGCCUCCUGAUGGUUGUCCUUCCACAAAUGUACCAGUUGGUGGAGUUUUCACCACAGAUUCUGUAAGCAUUAAUUAUUUGUUUUGCUGAUGGAUGGUGCAGUCUAUUUUAAUUCUCUGUAAAAUAACUGGUUUUAUGGAAAGAAGACCUGAAAUAAAGAAUUAAGAGGAUUACUGAA